UUCGUCACCAACCUCCAGAACUCUCUCCGCAUUUUUUUCCAGCUAAAAAAAACGACACCCCCCCCACCACCGGGAGACGCCGUCGUUUUGGCGCCGGUGCCUCCGCCUCCGACGAAAUUUCCCUCCUUUCUCACAAAAAUGGCGCGAAGCGUCGGGUUCUCUCUGCCGGUGACCGUCGUCGUUGUCGCCAUCGGCUACAUCUACUUCUCCACCGUCUUCAUUUUCGUAGACCGGUGGUUCGGUCUGUGGUCGUCGCCGGGGUUAAUGAACGCCGCCAUUUUCACCGCCGUGGCCGCCAUGUGCGUCUACAACUACUCCGUCUCCGUGUUCCGGGAUCCGGGUCGGGUCCCCUCCACGUACAUGCCCGAUGUCGAGGAUUCCGAAAACCCUAUCCACGAGAUCAAGCGCAAGGGAGGGGAUUUGAGAUAUUGCCAAAAGUGUUCUCACUAUAAGCCAGCUCGUGCACAUCAUUGUCGUGUAUGCAAGAGAUGCAUUUUACGAAUGGACCAUCAUUGCAUAUGGAUUAAUAAUUGCGUCGGCCAUGCAAACUAUAAGGUCUUCUUUGUGUUCGUUGUGUAUGCUGUUAUAGCAUGCCUAUAUUCCCUGGUGUUGCUAUUGGGUAGUCUAGCUAAUGAUUUUGAAAAGGAUGAGGAGCAAAGUGCAGACUCUUUUACAACUGUAUAUAUCAUUUCUGGGCUAUUGCUAUUUCCCUUGUGUGUAGCACUGAGUGUUCUAUUAGGUUGGCAUAUCUACCUCAUUUUGCAAAACAAGACCACAAUUGAGUACCAUGAAGGGGUAAGAGCUAUGUGGCUUGCAGAGAAAGGAGGACAAAUCUAUUCACAUCCAUAUGAUCUUGGUACCUAUCAAAAUUUGUCAAUGUUGUACUAUUGACAGGUCAGGUACAAGUAUGAAACUGGACAACCAAAAUCACUUUUGCGUAACUUUUAAGUUAUAGUUGCUACAGAGUAAUUUUGUGGUCUUCCAUCCGGAUUCGGCUUCUCUGCUAGAAUUCAUUUUGCUAGGAUCUGCUUGGAUAACACUCUCAGCUCGCCACGUGUUACUGGUUCAAUCUAAGGGCUAUAAUGCUUACAACACAGAAAGCCUGGACUCCUCGCAUCUCCCUCUCUCUCUUCGCCCAAUUUCCUCCUUCCUCUCAUCGGACCCCCUUCAUCAUCUAGUCGUGAACUGAAGCCGAGUCCGAUCUCUCGACUCCUCACUUAACUCUCAAGAUUUUCCAAAUGAUGGGGAAGACUCACACUGUGGUGAUGAAUGAUUUGACCUCAGAGUUCAAUUUCUUCUUCUUUUUGCCAUCUGUGGUGAAGCAUAUCACAGAAUCGUGUAGAUAUUAGGCUUUGUACAGCUUGCUGUCUUCUUCUGCAGUUUGGGAGUUUCAUCAGUUUGUGGAACUGUUUUUUCUGUUCAUCAGUUUGUGGAACAAAGAUGCUUGUUUGUGGAACUGUUAUUUAACUCUCCGCUUUUAUAGUUUAAGCAUUACCUAUUUGAUAAUGAACUGUACAAGUUUUAGUUUUCUGCAGAAAGUUGCAGAACUUGAGUAAUUUGACCAUCAGUUUUUAGUUUU